CUUUAUCGCACAUUUAUUGUAAAAUAAUUUCUUUUAUUUAGAUUAAUAUUUAUAAUUUUAGUGUAAAAUAUACUUGGCUUUUUUAUAUGUAGUAUUAGUUAUGGUAGAAUCUAAAUCACAUGAUUCGUGUAACGAUGAAUCUGAUCCCGAAGAUCAAAACAAUCAUGAUUUAAAUGACAAUGACACUGAAUUAGAAGAUGAUGAUAAUUUUGAAAUAGAAGAAGAUGAUGUUAAUGAGUUGGAAGAUGAAAAUGAUGAUAACACAGGAGAAAGUACUCCGAAAUCCCAAAAAUUGGUCUGGAGAAAUGACGAAAGGCCUUUAAAUAGCGAUGAGGAGUUGGAACUAUCACCUGGAUGUUACGAUAUGCUUCACAGGAUUACUCUUGAUUGGUCUUGCCUUUCGUUUGAUAUUUUAAAGGACGAUCUUGGUGCCUGCAGGGUCAAUUAUCCCUUUGAAUGUUACGUUGUUUCUGGAACUCAACCUGGCACUUCGAAGGGCAUGGAUUCCCUUAUUCACGUCAUGAGGUGGUCAAAUUUGACCAAGAAUUUCGGCGAGCUUGAUGAUGACGAAGAAGAAGAUGAAGAUGAUUGUGUUUUUCGAAUUUCCAGCAUAAAACAUAAAGGAAUUGUCAAUCGCAUUAAAGCUUGCCCUCAAAACAGUAGACUGGUGUGCUCAAUGUCAGAUACAGGCAAUGUACACAUUUGGGAUAUACAAAAUCAACUUAACAACAUCAGCUCAGAUAACUGGAAGUCUGAAUCUCCUCAUAAAAAGAAACCUUUGUUUUCUUGUUCUUUACAUGAAUCUGAAGGAUAUGCUGUUUCUUGGAAUCCUUUGGUUAACGGCAGACUUGCCACUGGAUCCUGUGAUGGUUCUCUUGUUCAAUGGGAGCCUGUUGAAGGCAGUUGGAAUAACACAAAACCACUUCAACUCGACACCUCAAUUGAAGACUUAAAGUGGAGUUAUACCGACUCGAAUUUACUUUUGUCUGGUUCUUGUGAUGGACUUUUAAGGCUUGUCGAUGUUAGAAAUGGCAAGGUGGUUACAAAAGUAACUGUUUCAGAAACUGAUCUUAACUCCAUAUCUCUAAAUUCCAUAGAUAAUAAUUUGGUUCUGACUGGGUCUGAGGACGGGUCAGUAAAGAUAUUCGACCUUCGAUAUCCUGAAACUUACCUUUCAAACCUAAAAUGGCACAAAAAGGCUAUAACUUGCGUAGAUUGGCAUCCACUCGACUCAUCAGUUUGUUCUGUAAGUUGUAGGGAUGACUCCAUCUCAAUUUGGGACGUCUCAAUUGAGGCUGAAAGUGCAACUAACUCGGACAUUCCUCAACAGCUUCUUUUCCUACAUAUGGGCCAGACCGAAAUUACAGAGCUGAUGUUCCAUAGAAAUAUUCCUGGAGUCGUAAUCUCAACUGCUCUAGACGGAUUUAACAUUUUUAAGACCAUCAAUGUUGAUUAGUAUACU